AUGAAGUUAUUUGUGGUAAUUUUGCUCUGUCUGUGCUUCUGGAUGAGCAGCAUUGCCUCAGCACAGCCAGUACAGAAAACUGUUUUUGUUGGUGUUCCUGUCAACUUUACCUGUCAGCAAUCCGAGAGUGACCACCCUACAUUUGUGUGGUAUCUGGACCGCGAAGCUAUUCGUGUCCACCAGUCGUGGUAUAUGCCGUACCCACCAGUGGCUAUUGGUCCAACUGGGUCAAGAGUCAAGUCCAGUGUAGUCCAGAUCAGCCCUCAAAAAAGCUUCAAUGGCUCUUUGCUUGCCUGUAGAAUUAUUGUCAAUGGGAAGCACAGAGACGAAGAGUGGAUGCUUACAGUCAUUGAAGCAAGAUCGCCCUCUAUCAACGAAUCUGAAUGUAGUCAGCCGGUCAUUGAGGGCAGAAAUUGCACUUUGACAUGCAGAGUAAACGACAACACCGACUUGGCAUGGUACAUCGAUGACAAAAGACAACAAGAUGGCGUCACUUCGACAUCAUCUACAAGCGGAGCAACCAGUGUUUUGUAUUUUAUAACGAGUAGAUGGCAUCACCGUCGCAUUGUGAGAUGCAAGUCAAUAUAUCCUGAUCUCACAGAGACUCCACAACAGCAGAUAAUACUGAAUGUUUUAUAUCCACCAACCCUAGUCUCCGGAAAAUCUACGAACCAGCAGAACACAACACUUUGGUGCGAAGCCGACUCCAACCCGCCUUCCAAAGUCAUUUGGUUCGACCCACAGGGCACCCAAAUACCUACAGGCGAUCGCAUCCACACAGUUACCUUUCAGAAGGAUGGGAUCACCCAAGGGUAUGGCAACGUAACACGGAGCGAACUGACACUGGACAAGACCAAUGCAAGCAACGGGGGUGCUUAUAAGUGCAAAGCGUUGAACGAGUUCGGCAUGGUGGAGGCUUCGAUCGAAUUGUUUGAGUCGAAUGGAAAACAAUUGUUCUUCAUGAUCGGCAUACCGCUGUUAAUUGUCAGUAUUGGUUGCACAUGGCUAACCAUAGCGGCCAUCUGUUACACACGCAAAAAGCAAAGCAAGGGGGAAAAGGAAGCAGAAGAUGGAGAGGACCCUACCUAUUCCACCACCAACCCGGAAGGAUCACAUGGUCUCACCAGAUGGCUUUCUUCUGUGUCAUCAAGAACCUCCAAGGUUGAACGUCCAAGUCAACCCAAGGAAUCGCGGGAUAUUUCAAGGCGACCACGCCUUAGCCUCCCACGUGUUUACUAGUCAUGUGCGACUGGAUGUGCUGGUAUCAACAAUACGAUCCAACGGCGCUGGAGACAGCUGAUUUCUUUGUUUUCUCAUCUAAAUAAAGUAGUCAACAGCUACUUGGAUACGGUCGUUGUAACGAGCUACAGAUAUUUAAACCCAUGUAUAGAGGGCGUCCUUUAGUUAUAUUGGCUCAUACAUUGGGAGUCCGUUCGAU